AUGCAGGACUUACUCGCCAACGUGGAUCACAUCAAGUUUGAUCUGGAGAUCGCAGUGAGACAGCAGCUGGGUGCUCAGCCCUUGCCUUUCCCUGGCAUGGACAAGUCUGGAUCUGCUGUGUGCGAGUUCUUCAUGAGAGCCGCCUGUCAGAAAGGUGGAAUGUGCCCCUUUCGCCACAUCAGUGGAGAGAAGACUGUAGUUUGUAAGCAUUGGCUCAGAGGGCUGUGUAAAAAGGGUGACCAGUGCGAGUUUCUCCAUGAGUAUGACAUGACUAAAAUGCCGGAGUGCUAUUUCUAUUCCAAAUUUGGUGAAUGCAGUAACAAAGAAUGUCCCUUCUUACACAUUGAUCCAGAGUCUAAAAUUAAAGACUGUCCUUGGUAUGACAGAGGUUUCUGCAAACAUGGCCCUGACUGCAGGCACCGGCACACAAGAAGAGUAAUCUGCGUGAAUUACCUUGUUGGAUUCUGCCCAGAAGGAAAGUCAUGUAAAUUUAUGCACCCCCGGUUUGAGUUGCCAAUGGGAGCGUCGGAACAGCCGCCUCUGCCCCUGCAAGGCCAAAACCUGACAAAGGUUUCAUCUGUGGGUCGCUCCUCACUUUCAUUAAUCCAGUUGACCAACUCUAGUCCAGGCCCACGAAUGCAGAACAUGAUGUCCACUGGGCUACAGCAGGGUAACAUGAUGUCCAGAGGCCCACGGCCACUGGACCAGGUCACCUGCUACAAGUGCGGUGAGAAGGGACACUAUGCCAAUAAGUGCACUAAAGGUCAUCUUGCUUUCCUGAGUGGACAGUAG